GCAGCGAUGAAUGGGCCCUUGCACCUCACACCUGUUGGAGGGGUGGCAGCUGUGGUAUCACUACUGGAGGGUGCCCUGUAGGAGCCCCUCAGGAUCUGUCCAGUUGCUGGGGUCUGAGGCCCUGCGACGCUACCAUCAGGCCAAGAAGCUGGAGGAUGCAGACGAGAAGUUGGAGUUCAGCAUGCUGAGGUGUCGGAGUGGAGAACUCCUGCACCCUGAGGACAGGACAGAGGAUGUCCUGGAGCACAAUGACUUUGUGCAGUUGGUCUUUGCAGCAGAGAAUGGCAAACAUGACUACUCUCCACUGGCUACAGCUGUGCAACACUCUUAUCAAGAGCCCAAAGAGUACAUUUCCCUGGACGGCAACAGUCUGACCACAGCUGAUCUGGUCAGCUUGGGCCAAGGCUUCUUCAAAAUAAAGUUAACACCUGAGGCGGAGGAGAGGGUCAUUAAGGGCAGAGAAGUUAUUGAUGCUUUUAUAAGAGAAGACAGAGUUGCGUAUGGAGUCAACACCGGUUUUGGCAAGUUUGCACGGACACUCAUACCAAAGGAGCAACUUGUGCAGCUGCAGGAGAAUGUGGUUCGUUCUCAUUGUGCUGGUGUGGGCGCUCCAUUGAGUGUAGAGAGGACACGCAUGCUGCUGGUCCUGAGAAUCAAUGUCCUGGCAAAGGGCCACAGUGGCAUCUCCAUGGAAACCCUUGAUGCCAUGAUCAAGGCCUUCAAUGUUUCCUGUUUGUCCUGGGUGCCAGAGAAGGGUACGGUUGGGGCGAGUGGAGACUUGGCCCCCCUGGCCCACCUCACUCUGGGACUGCUGGGGGAGGGCAGGAUGUGGUCAAUACAGAGCGGCUGGGCGGAUGCCAAGGCAGUGCUGGAGGGCCAUGGGCUCAAACCCCUUGUGCUGAAACCAAAGGAGGGAAUCGCACUGAUCAAUGGGACUCAGUUGAUGUCGUCUCUGGGGGCGGAGGCUGUGGAGCGAGCUGUGGGCGUGGCCAGACAAGCUGACGUGAUCGCCGCCUUGAGUCUGGAGGCCCUGAAGGGCAGCACAAAGGCCUUCCAUCGUGCUAUCCAUGCUGUGAGACCUCACCCUGGUCAGAUGGAAGUAGCUGAAAGGCUUCGCUCUCUCUUAGACUCGGAAAUCUUCCCAUCACAGAUCUCAGUGAGUCAUAGAUCAUGUGAACGUGUUCAGGAUGCCUACACCCUGCGCUGCAUCCCGCAGGUUCAUGGAGUGGUGAAUGACACCAUCGCUUUUGUCCACAAGGUGAUUUCCACUGAGCUCAACAGCGCCACGGACAACCCUCUGGUGUUUGCAGAAACUGGGGAGACAAUAUCAGGAGGGAAUUUCCAUGGAGAAUACCCAGCCAAGGCCCUGGACUACCUGGCCAUAGGUGUGCACGAGCUGGCCAGUAUAAGUGAGAGGAGGAUUGAGAGGCUGGUGAACCCGGCCCUCAGUGAGCUGCCUGCCUUCCUCGUCAAAGACGGAGGGUUGAACUCUGGCUUCAUGAUCGCCCACUGCACUGCUGCUGCCUUAGUGUCAGAGAGUAAGGCUCUGUGCCACCCGUCCUCCGUCGACUCCCUGUCCACCAGCGCAGCGACAGAGGACCAUGUGUCGAUGGGCGGCUGGGCUGCUCGCAAAGCCCUGAGAGUAGUGGAGCACGUGGAGCAAGUGCUUGCCAUAGAGCUGCUGGCUGCCUGCCAGGCUCUGGAGUUCCUCCGUCCUCUCAAGUCCACCACACCUCUGGAGAAGGUCUAUGAGCUGCUGCGCUCUGUGGUCAGUCCUUGGGACAGAGACCGAGUCAUGAGUCCUGACAUAGAAGCUGCUCACUCACUCCUCAGACAGCAAAAAGUCUGGAAGACAGUUCAGCCGUACAUGGAUGAAUACAGGAAGAAGCUGCAAGCAUGAAUCACACUUCAAACAGGGCCCAGUGUGUGUGCCUCGUGUAUUUUCACUACAUUUACCCUGUUGAAAUAUAUACAUUGCAUUGCUUGACUUAUCACCUGCACCUCUAGAUUUAAUCCUGACACGCUGACUAAAAGUAAUAACACACUUGUGUCCCGAUGACAUGUAUCAUAUCUGCACUAAAGAAAGCACUUGUACUAUUUUUAUCUGGUCACUCAAUACUCACUGAAUGUAGAGUCUGUAGACUUGCACUAUAUUGUGUUGACUGCUGUAAUGUGUUGGUCAUGUUAAAUAAAAAGUACAUUCAUGUAA